GGCGCCAGGCUGCACGGGACUCCAACCAAUGGGAGAGGUGCGCGGGAUGAUGACGUCACAAGGGGUAUAUAUACGGGGACUUAGGCCUUUUUAGCCUUUAGUCAUCAUUUACUGUGCCGAGGCAGAAGGAGUCUCACAGUCGUCCCAACAUCAAGGUGAAUCAUGGCUCGUACAAAACAAACAGCCCGUAAGUCUACUGGUGGCAAGGCUCCACGUAAGCAGCUAGCCACCAAGGCAGCUCGUAAGUCGGCACCAUCCACGGGGGGUGUGAAGAAACCUCAUCGUUAUCGCCCUGGUACUGUUGCCCUCCGAGAAAUUCGUCGUUACCAGAAGUCCACGGAAUUGCUCAUUCGCAAGUUACCAUUCCAGCGUCUUGUUCGUGAAAUUGCACAAGAUUUCAAAACUGAUUUACGUUUCCAGAGUGCUGCUAUUGGUGCCCUGCAGGAAGCUUCGGAGGCCUAUCUUGUUGGCCUGUUUGAAGACACUAACUUGUGUGCUAUCCAUGCUAAGCGUGUCACCAUCAUGCCCAAGGAUAUCCAACUUGCCCGGCGAAUCCGUGGUGAGCGUGCUUAAGCACAGUCAUGCAUAUUGUGCUCACUUAAGACAUAACCUCCUAAGCUACAUACUGCCAUGGACAAAGUGAAUGUGUUUAGUUUACGUUUUCAGCAUGUCAUUUCUCUUGAAUUGACUUCGCAGUGCUGGCAUGUGCGACUGGCACAAGUUUUUUACUGUAAGAUAUAGCUGAGCGGCUUUUACUGCUCGCUAGUGGAAAAUUGUGACGCAAGAGUUUCUAAUUUAUUUUGUGUGUACAGCAUUGUUCAGAACUGUGUAUUCGGAUGUGAUUAUCUUUUAGUUUAUCGAUGUGCAAGUCGUUGAAAAUUUCAGCUGUGUGAUUUAAAAAUUCAAGAAUACACAGGUCUGGUGUAGGUUAUGUGAUCACAAAUAAUAUUCCAAAGUACAAGAAAUCGUCAAUUUUCUGGUCCGGGAACAAUCUGUCAUACUGUAUUUGUAUUGUCGAUGUCACGGUCAUUUCAUAUUCAUGAUCUUAUUUUAGUUUAGUGGGAAAGCCUUUUUAUUACCUUUAGUUUUAAGUCUUAAAAUCUGUCUCUUUACUUAUGGUGGUGCGUACUUCAGAUGACAAAUUUAUUCCGCAUCACUCUCAUUUCUUGACAUUGGUAUUUGCACUGUAGAUUUAAACCAAAAAUAAAUCUUCUAACAUUU